AUGGCCUCCCAACUGCUACCCCUCGAGCUUAUCGACAAGUGUGUUGGCUCGAGAAUUUGGGUCAUCAUGAAGGGCGAUAAGGGUAAGACGAGUGUUUGCUGUCAAGAGAGGCGUUGUACUGAUGAGCUGGCAGAAUUCAGUGGAACACUCGUUGGAUUCGAUGACUACGUCAACAUGGUUCUGGAGGACGUGACUGAGUUUGAUUACUCGGGAAACCACACCAAGCUACCCAAGAUUCUACUCAACGGUAACAACAUUUGCAUGUUGAUCCCCGGUGGUGAGGGCCCAGAAGGGGCUGCUUCAGGUUGA